UGGUCGGCGACUGAGAUGGCUUCUCUUUUCCCUGGGGUUACAGAUCCGUCGGCACCACCAGCCCCCGCUAACCUCCAACUGGCCAACUCCACCGUCAACAGUGACGGGACCGUCACGGUGACCUUUGCCUGGGACCUCCCCGAGGAGCCAGAUAUCCCCGUGCACCACUACAAGGUGUUUUGGAGCUGGACGGUCAGCAACAAGUCCCUUGUCCCUACAAAGAAGAAGCGGAGAAAAACCACAGACGGGCUCCAGAAUUUCGUGAUCCUGGAGAGGCUUCAGCCAGAUUACGACUACACCGUGGAACUGCAGGCCAUCACAUACUGGGGGCAGACCCGCCUCAAGAGCGCCAAGGUGUCCCUUCACUUCACGUCCCCACACCCCACCAAUUACAGUAAGUGACCUCCACAUGCGUCU